AUGUCUGAACACGUUCACCUUCCCUCGCCGACAUUCAACACCAGCUCUGCUGGCCACUUUCACCCCUACAACACCCUGGGACUGGCCACCCAGAGCGCCAUGGUUGGUCUUGGUGCUGGUGUCGUUGCCGCCGCCGCGCGAAACAGUUUAGCCACAGGCCCCCGAAACAUCCUGACCACCUUCUCUAAGUCUGGAGGAGUCGUCACCAUCUUCACCGGCGCGUCUAUCGCCUACGUGUUCACUUACUGCUCUGCUGCCAACCUGCGAGAGCGAAAGGACGGCUGGAACCACAUGUGGGCCGGUGCUGCCACCGGUGCCGUACUUGGAGCCAGAACUAAGCUAGUCCCCGCAUUUAUCGGCUGGACGGUGCUUUGCGGAGCUGCCUGCGGUCUGUUUGGCUGGACCGGCGCCCGAUUCAACGCCGACCGAAAGGCUUCUCUGGAGCAGUCUCCCAAGGGCUUCGUUCAGGAGGAUGCUCACCAAACUUUCUGGGAGGUUGUCCACCGACGACCCUUGUCCCUGACCGUGGAGCAGCUUGGUGAGGGCCGAGGAAUUAACGCCGUGCCCAUUGCCACUGCCACCGAGGCCCCCAACUAG